ACAGUAGACCAUUCCAUACUCGAUAAUCCCCAACUAAACCCUAGUUGCUCCGCUAUAAAUUUUUUCCUUCAAAAGCUUUUCUCUGUUACGUGUCUGUUCGCAGAGCCGCAUCACUCAUUCAUCUCGCUCGCUUCUUGCUCUUCAGCUAUUCGAAUUACAGGUAAGCAAUGGCGGCAACGGUAGCGGCAGCUGUGGCGGCGACGUCAUUGGCGGCAGAGCCUACACAGCCUUACAAUGAAGUGAAACUCUUCAACCGCUGGACCUUUGAGGAAGUUCAGGUCAAUGAUAUUUCCUUGAGUGACUACAUUGGGGUCCAGCCAGCAAAGCAUGCCACCUAUGUUCCACACACUGCUGGGAGAUACUCGGUUAAGCGUUUCAGGAAGGCCCAAUGCCCAAUUGUAGAGAGGCUGACAAACUCACUGAUGAUGCAUGGUAGAAACAAUGGAAAGAAAUUGAUGGCGGUUAGGAUUGUGAAACAUGCUAUGGAAAUAAUUCAUCUUCUAACUGAUCAAAACCCAAUCCAAGUAAUUGUGGAUGCCGUGAUUAACAGUGGGCCUAGAGAAGAUGCCACUCGUAUUGGUUCUGCUGGUGUUGUGAGGCGUCAAGCUGUGGAUAUUUCUCCUCUGAGGCGUGUUAACCAGGCCAUCUAUCUGCUUACCACUGGUGCUCGUGAAGCUGCUUUCAGAAACAUCAAGACUAUUGCGGAAUGUUUGGCAGAUGAGCUCAUUAAUGCAGCAAAGGGCUCUUCCAACAGCUAUGCAAUCAAGAAAAAGGAUGAGAUUGAAAGAGUUGCCAAGGCUAAUCGUUGAGGAAUCAAAGCAGAGGAUGGGCAGUGGAAAAGAUUUUUGUUGGUCUAUCAGGAUUUGUCUAGUUCUGUUCUGAACAUUAGCAUACUAAUGAUGUUUAUUUGUGGCAAAGAUUGCUUUUUCAUUUUUUCGCCGAGUUCUAUCAUAUUAUAAAGAAUGCAUCAGCGACUUAAAUUGCUCAAGUGAUUUUUAGUUUUA